AUGGGGAAAAAAUCGAACAAACAUGCGGGAUCCUCCCGCAAGGGAGAUGGAGCUCCUUCAGACUGCAACCAAGCACAAGCUCUAAUGGAUGUGGAACUGUUCGAGACAAACACGAGCUACCGAGCUAGCCGUUACGACACGUUUGAAUUUUCGUCUAAGGUGACAUGCUUCGCCUUCUCUAGGGACGCGCCCCUGCUUGCAGUCGGGGUCGAGAUUGGAGGUGUCUACCUUUUUGACCUCACACAGCCGGAGGCUUCAGUGGCUGCGCCAUCCGAGCUAAUCGGCAUAGUCAGGACGAUGUAUUUCGGACCACAGAACGGAUUCGGAGAGCAAAUUCUCUAUGGCGCAUUCGAUGUAGAGAUACAAAGUGUAUAA